GGGUGAGAAAGGUGGGUAUAAAGUACGUGACAAAGUGGGACUGCGGAAGCAGUCAGCAAUUACGCUGAGAGUAAAGUACAUGCGAAUCCGAUCCGUAGGUAAUAAUAACAUUUGAAGAAACACAAACACACGACAGAGUUCAGUAGCAAUGGCCGUGGUUGAGUUUGAACCUCAACAACUACGCCUCUUCAUCCCCAACUUCCUCUCCCUCGAUGAAUGCAAAGAAUUGGAAUUCAUCCAUAAGAGUAGCAGCACGGUGGGUUACAGACCCAAUGUCUUCUCCACCACUCUCUCCCAUCUCAUUGCUACCAACUCUUCCCACUUCAUCAUUCCUUUUAUACCCAUCAGAGAAAGGUUGAAAGACAAGUUAGAGGAGUUUUUCAAGUGUGAGUAUGAGCUCUUCAUUGAAUUCACUGGUUUAAUCAGUUGGAGUAGAGGAGCAAGCAUUGGAUGGCAUAGUGAUGAUAACAGGCCCUACCUCAAACAACGCCACUUCUCAGCAGUAUGCUAUUUGAAUACUUAUGGCAAGGAUUUCAGUGGUGGACUCUUUCACUUCCAGGAUGGUGAGCCCAAGUCAAUUGUGCCAAAAGCCGGAGAUGUUGUGAUGUACACAGCUGAUGACCGUAACAUUCAUUCUGUUGAUGAGAUAACUGAGGGAGAAAGGCUCACACUUGCUUUAUGGUUCAGUCGUGAUGGCUCCCAUGAUGAGGAUAUGAAGCUCAUUUCUCUUCUUUCACAACACCUGCUACAUGAGAACGUGGCUGAUUCAUACCUACCUUUGCCAGCAUCCAGUAAUAUGUACUGGUUUUCUAAGGACCAAGCUUCCAAUUAUCAAUUCGGUUUUAAUAUAUCCUGGGCUAGACUGCAUGUUCUUGGAUACGACAUAUAUAUUUCUCAAGACAGUAGCUGUGAGUCUGAUGUCUUUGAAUUACUGGUAAAGCCAGUGCGUUUAGUGAGGGAUAAUGAGUUGUUAGACCAGGAAUUCGUCAAUAUUAUGCAUGCACUUCAGGUUGUCCAUUUCUAUUGUUGGAAAGGAUCAGCUUUACUGAACAACAUGUCAAAUAUAGACUCCAAGGUACUAAAAGUGACAGAGGUACAGAGAGAGAAAAUCAGUGGUCUGAAUUCUGUACUUUUGAAUGAUAAUGAUUUUGCAUCCAAAGUUUUCUGUAAUAUGCCUUCGGAAGAAAAGGGAUGCAUUUGCUUUGACUGGUCAGAAGUUCUAGCUGCAGUUGCUGCUUGGGAAGAUUAUGCGUCAAACUUAAGCAAACAAAUUCAUUUACAGUUGCCUUACUGGAGAAUGCAUGAGUCUAUAUAUAAUGUGCAAUUAGAGUAGUAUUUGUGAUCAACAAUUCCAAGAAAAAGUAACCACCUACAAUUGUGCUUGGGUUAAAAAUUUGGAGAAAAGCACUGUUGAAACAACUAAAAAGUAGUUUGUGAAGGUUUGCUUUGAUAGCAUUAUUCAAUUUAAUGUGCUUUGGGAAAGUUUUAAGGCAAAGCUUCUUGGGAAGAAAUGAGAAAUGUGACUAACAGAUAUCUCGAGAUUUAUCAUAAAUUUAAGUGUUAUGCAUACUUGAUGUAGAUUGGGUUGCCCUGCUAAGUGACUCAUGAUUUUUCUGCAUCAAUACUAGGUUGCAAAUACUACAAUGUACUGUAUGCCUUUGUUUCUCAAACUUCGGUAGCACGUGUUUGGGUGCAAUAUUACAGCUACUGCAAGACCA